CAACCGCAACUCUGAGAAGCCAGAAACUGCUGCGAAUUCAGCAUUAGGCAGAACGCACACAACUUUAUAUCCGUCGCGUAGUGAUGACGUUACGCUAGCGCUGUGAAGAGAAGCAGGGCAAGGCUCAGAAGCGGCCCUUUUGAUUGGCUUCCAGUCUGGCGCGCGGUCUCUUGGGAUCCGGAAGAAGUUGUCUUUCCGCACGGAAGUCGGCUGCUUUGAGUCAUUAGAGUGAGCCACGCCGAGUCUGUGGGAAUAAGAUGGCGGGGAAGAAGAAUGUUCUGUCGUCCCUGGCAGUUUACGCAGAAGAUUCAGAGCCCGAAUCUGACGGCGAGGCUGGAGUCGAAGCGGUGGGCAGCGCAGCUGAAGAGAAAGGUGGGUUGGUAUCUGAUGCCUAUGGAGAGGACGACUUUUCUCGCCUAGGGGGUGAUGAAGAUGGUUAUGAGGAAGAAGAGGACGAAAACAGCAAACAGUCGGAAGAUGACGAUUCAGAGACUGAAAAACCUGAGGCUGAUGACCCAAAGGAUAAUGCAGAAGUAGAAAAGCGAGACCCCCAGGAAUUAGUUGCCUCCUUUUCUGAAAGAGUCCGGAACAUGUCACCUGAUGAAAUCAAGAUCCCUCCAGAACCCCCUGGCAGAUGUUCAAAUCACUUACAAGACAAGAUCCAGAAGCUUUAUGAGCGAAAGAUAAAGGAGGGAAUGGAUAUGAACUACAUUAUCCAAAGGAAGAAAGAAUUUCGGAACCCCAGCAUCUACGAGAAGCUGAUUCAGUUCUGUGCCAUUGAUGAGCUUGGCACCAACUACCCAAAGGAUAUGUUUGACCCCCAUGGCUGGUCUGAGGACUCCUACUACGAGGCGUUAGCCAAGGCCCAGAAGAUUGAAAUGGACAAAUUGGAAAAGGCCAAAAAGGAGCGAACCAAAAUUGAGUUUGUGACAGGCACCAAGAAAGGCACCACAACCAACGCCACGGCCACCACCACCACCACCGCCAGCACUGCUGUUGCAGAUGCCCAAAAGAGAAAGAGCAAAUGGGACUCAGCCAUCCCAGUGACAACGAUAGCCCAGCCCACCAUCCUCACCACCACAGCCACUCUGCCAGCUGUUGUCACAGUCACCACCAGCGCUAGUGGCUCCAAGACCACCGUCAUCUCUGCCGUGGGCACCAUUGUGAAGAAGGCCAAGCAGUGACCUGAGGAGCUACCUUGAGACUCGGAAGGACUGUGUAGCCCAGUACCGCUGCCCACUGGGGAAGUGCCACUUUAUAUAUUUCAGGACUGGGACCUGCUCCCCAGACACCACCUGAGAGGAGCUUCUUUGUGACAUUCCAACCAGAAGAAGGACAUUGCAGCACAGGAAUGGAGCACUGCAGACAGUGUCCAUGCACCACUUAGGGUCUGUCGCCCUAUUAAAGGAGGCGUGCUCUGACAUUCUGGCAUCUCAGGUGCAUUGGCCUCUCCUCCAGUCUGUUUUCAGGCAAAUUCAAAAGCUCAAGUGUCGCUCUGUCUUCUCGGUUGGAAUUAUUGCCAUGGGGAUGACAGUGACAGCAGGGUGCUGCUCAGAGGGGUCGCCCAUGAAGUCACCAUGUCAUUCUCAGCGUGUACCUCUUGCCAUGGGCAGGUGGGACCCCAGGGUCAGGUGAGACCCUAUAUUCCCCCCAUCUGCUGCCCUGAUCCUCAAACCCAGCCAGUUCUCAGCAAAAGCGGAGGCCUCUGUUCCCUUGGGUGCUCUUGAGCACGCCCCAGACCAGACUGCUUCUUGGACACACCCAGGCUUUUGAAGUCAAGCCAGUUACCAGAAGGGCUGGAGUGAGAUCCCGGACCGCACAGGGAGGGAAGGCAUCGGAGCCUGGCCUAGGCUACCCCAGUCCCUCGGUGCCUGUGAGCACAGCCAGCAGGAGCAGAGCAGCGAAAGGAUGAAUCACCACCUCCUCUGGCCGGGGGCAGCUCUUGUUUACGGGAAAGCCCUGCUCCUGGGAGGGCUCCUGCCACCCCGCCCUUCCUCUCCCUGUUAUCUCUGCCCCACAGCAGCCCCUAGGCAGCGCCAGUGGCCACUGGGCUUCUUCUAGGGCCAAAACAGGUUUCCCAGCCAUCACUAGCCUGAAAGUCCGGAGGGAACCUUUUACCUUUAUUGAUCUUUGGCAGCUCUCCCUCCCUCCCACUCCCCGGAAGUGGCAAGUGUCAGAGAAGGAAGCCGGGCUGUGAAGAGCUAUGUUGCUUCCGUGCAACCGGUGGAGGUUUAGAAAGAUGGUCCUGAAAUUGCCUGGUACUGUUGUGUGGCCUGAGGACUAUAACGAACUCUGCCGUGCGGUCCACAAAGUAAAAUAUUGAGUCUACUUGUCCCCCUGCCCCCACAUACACUGAGGCUCUUCAGGAGGUGGUUCUCACUCUCCCUCCUUGGAGGGACUUCACAGCCCUGGGGAGAGGUGCUGCCACCCGAUCAUCCCCAAGAUGUCUCUGAAAAGCCUUCCUGCCCUGCAGCGUCUGGCGGGAGCCCUCUCAUGGGCUGGGACGCCGUGGAGGCCCUGUGGGAGGCAGCGUGGCUCAGUGGAAAGAACCGUGAAUGUGUAGUCGACACUCAUGGUCUGGAGGCCCAGUCUACAGCAAGUUGUAUGGUCCUGGGCCCUUAACCUCUGUACGCCUGUUUCCUUCUCUGGCAUAUCACAGAAAUAAAGUUUCCUAAGGUG